CACAGAGCGUGAUGAUGUAUAUAUAAGUACGGGUAAAUUCUGUAAUAGCUCAGGUCAUUCGGGCGGUUUCUACCAACAGUUCAUCUUGAUUAACCCAUUCGGAGAGCUUCGGAGUCGACAGUGAACAAUGCGGUCCGUUAUCGUAGCAUGUCUUUGUGUAUUGGCGGUCGUUUGCUUGACCGAGGCAAGGAGUUUGAAAGAAGAGAAAAUCUUUAGCGCCAGGACGAAGAGUAGAAUUUUGGCUGAAUUGAAAGCAAGACGAGCCAGUCUAGACAAGAAAGGACUUGAUGAUGAUGAUUCAGAAGACGGUUCGUUUUCGACAGUUGGACUUCAUGCGGCGCUGUAUGUUCUUGAUUGCUUGUCGGACGUGGAUCUCAUGAACAAGGUUGAUGAUGACAUCUGGACUCUGGUCACAGGGAACGAAGCACAAUAUGCUGAAUUCAAAAUGCUUUACGGGGGUGAGCCAUUCUUCCCCUGUUUGUCAUUCGGACGAGGUGUUUAUUUCUAUGAGAAAAUGCCUCAACUGAGACCAAUGUUAAAUGAGGAAUUCACGAAAUAUAAGGAAGCACACAAGUGUGAAACUCUAGAUGGACUUGGCGAAAAGCUUCGACAGAUGGAAGGAUUGCCACCAUUUGUUGAGGGUGUGGUUGAGUACAUGGAUAAACAUUGCAAUGCACGCAAGCAACAAGUGGAGGAGAAGGCUGAAGUUACAGACGAUUUAGUAUCAACAUUUGCAUUCGACGCAAUUAUGUUUGCCGGGCAAUGUCUAGCCAGUGGUAAACAGAGUGAAGAGUGCAAAGCAACCCUGGAUGGCGUCGAGGCUUAUUUUAACAGUAUAACUUUCAUCAUAGUAACACACAUGACAACCACGGAGCAAGAAAUUGAAAAGCUGUUUGCUGACUUUUUAGCUUAUGAGAGUAAUCCAGAUCCCAGUUUAUUGGAAGGACAUAUGUUUGGGUCCCAGUACUUAAGAGCAUUGAUGACAAUAAAAGAUAUUGAUGAACAGUUCGAGUAUUACAACGAAAUGUACACGUGCGGUGAACUGGAGGAGACUUUUGAAAAAAUGCAUACUGCACUGAAUUCAUUAUCUGGCAAAACUUCGGAAAAAGUUGGGGAAAUGGCACAGUUAAUUGAGGAGAUGGCAGAGAGGGAGUGUGCACAGUUUGAGGAGGAGGAUGGGGAAGAUUCCGAAAACAGUCAAUCGGACAUGGACAAAACAGUAGAUGUUGACAAUCAAGUACAGAGAAAGGCUGUUGCGGGCAAAGCAGCCAACCUGUUCCGAGCAAGAAACACGGCCGCUUCAAGAAAUGCAGCCGCGAGAAGAAAUGAGCAACCAAUUAAUCAGAAAAUGUUAGCCCUGCGGACAAUUCUGUCACAACUUCUGGACAAGGAAUAGAUGAGAGCGAACUGGCGUGACAUAUACACAGUGAUAAAGUCAAUCAAAUAAUUAUGAAAUUAAAUUCAUUGUAAGGGUAUCCUUAAAUUACAUAAGACUAUUAGAACAAAACAACAAUAUGUGUAAAACAUUAAAAAAAGAAUCGAAAAAAAACCCCGCAAAUAUGUGGGUAAAAAACUAUUAAUUGCAACAAAAAUAAAUAAAUAAAAGACGUGGCAGCAAAUUAUUAAAGGAUGUGUCGGGUGUCUCGCCGGUCGGAAAUGAAAACCAUGGAAACGCAAACGGACAUUGAAAAUGAACUUAUCUUUUACUUAUUCUUUUACUUUAACUCUUUUUACCUGAAAAGACAAACAAGUAGAAAACAGAAAGAAAAUCCGAACAACACUGAAAAACAUGUCUCUGCUCUCCAAGAGGUUCAUACAUGUUCCAAGUGUUCUAAAUGUUUGAUGAUUGAUUAAAAAUCCUGUAUGUUGUGAUUAAGUGAAGUGUUAUAUAUGUAUAUAAUUGUUCUUCUUCAACAAUUUCCAAACAUCCAAGAAAAUGUGUUGAAUAUGUACAGCAAAUGUUAAAAAAACAUAUAAUUGAACAUUAAAGUUAAUGCAUUCAGUUAAGAAUAAGACAUUUUUUGAAGAAACCAAACUUUUUACCUAUGUAUGUGACAUCCAAAUAUUGUAAAUUUGGUACUUGUAUGAGCUACAUAUUGUUGAUAUAUGUAAUAGUUGUUGUUUUUGUUGUUUAUUUUAUAUACAAAUGUGACAGUUACUUAAAUUAGAAAAAUAUUUUUAUAUAGUUUCACUAUAUAAGUCAUAGCAUAAAAAAAUCAAAGCAAAUUGCGCGUUUAUCGGUGAACCACAGUAGAGUUUCCUUUAAAUUGCCGUACCUGGACUGUCAUAUAAAUAAUGUAUUUUUCCAUAUUAUGUGUGUCUAUAACUGUUGUUUGUAUACUUUAAUAAUACCUAUUUUCUUUUUCAAUAAACUUUUUUCUCA